CGCUGAGAUAAAAGUCAAAGUUAACUGUGAAUAUAUUGUGUAACUGCUUGAAUAACAAGAUGAAAUUCAAUUGAAAUGAGACAGCAAAGGCAACUACAACAACAAAAUACAAUAACAAUAUUAGCAUCAGCAGCCAGAAAGGCUUGUCAACAGUUGAAUUUAAAUAAAUACAUCAUUUGAUCAUAUGAUUUCGUAAGGAAUAUAUAUAUAAUAAAAGCAAACAAACCAAACAAAAAAAAACAAGUCAAAGGAAAUUUGCUGCUAGCAUCGAACAACAACAAUUUUAAUUAAUUUUGACAUGUACACAGUAAACAAGGGACCUAGCAAAAUUGUUGCUAAAACGCGCCGCGGUCUCGCACAAAACUUUGAAAAGUUUGAGAGCAUCAAGGAGAGCAGCAAGAAAAAUGGCAGCAAUAACAGCUUUGAUCUGAACAGUCCCGAGAAGAACAAGAACAUACCGCGUCCGGUGUUCCAGCAAAGCUUCGCUUCGAAGCGCAUUGCGCCGACAAAGCUCAUUGAGGACGAGGUGAUAACGCCGCAGCAUGAGGAAAUUAUACGCUACAUAAAUGACUCGUGGAACAUUUUGGUCGCACAAAAUCCGUAUGAUUCCAGCACAACAAAGAGCGAUGGCAAGGCUGAUGCCAAUAACAACAAUGCCAGCAGCUUGGCAACACCUAGUCCUGUGGAUAGCAUCAUAGCCAACACACCUGUGGCGGCAUCGGCAGCGCCGGCCGUUUGGGUGGAGCCACCAAGUCCAGCACUGAACGAUUUUAAGCCAUUCGAUUUGGAAUCUUGGUGGGGACGUCGCUUGUUCCAGAACAUUACCAAAAGCCUUUAGACUGAUUGGCCCCUCCAGCUGGUGGUGUUUAUUCUAGUAGUCGGUGCUUCCGUUAUUUUUUUUUAUAUUAUUUUUAUUACAUUUAAUUUCGACUGGGCAAAAAAUUCACAUUAGAUUUAAAAUGAUAUAUAGAUUUUUGCAAUUGUAGAGUAGCCAUUGGAAAUGGCCAUUCAAAAAGUCAUAUAUAGAAGAAGGUUAUACAUGUAUUUUUUUCAUUUUUUAGUGUGUAAAAGUAAUUUUAUAUAUAGUCACAGUUGGCCGUGUAAAUAAUUCGAUACAAGAAAAGCAUUGUAUGAUUCUGUCAUAUUAAGCUAUAAUAAUCUGAUUUGUUAAGUUUAUGUUAUACAUAUACAUGUGUGUAUAAGAUAUGUAUAAGAGAUGAUACUAAUGUUGUACUAUAGUCUUGUCUGGUCCCUUGCCAGCUUUUAAAUCUAAAGACUACAGCGACAAUGAACAAUUCUUAUAUAAUUAAAUUUUAUUGCGAAGUGCAAAGGUUAAAUUGUAACGGACGUUAUUCAAAAUUUUUAGUUUUUCUCAAUUUUAGUAGAACUUAAAAUGCACGCUAAGUUAAGGCUCACGAUUUGACAUACUUAAAUGGCAAAAAUAUUUGUUAAAUUUAUCUAACAUGCCAUGCAAUAAAUGUAAAA